ACACCGUCCUUUCCUUCUCACCACCAUCUACACGACGCCGCCAUGGGUGCCCUCGACAUGCUCACGAUGCUCGUCCUACACCCGGUCGAAUUCCGGACGCUCAUACAGUACAAGCUGUACCACGAAAAGAAACGAGACAUCACGGCGCAACAGGAGCAUCCCACCUCAGGCUGGGACCGCAAGUCUAUGCGGCGAUGCUGGGAAUUCUUGGACAUGACGAGCAGAAGUUUUUCCGCCGUCAUCAAGGAGCUCGACGGUGAUUUGGCGAGGACGAUUGCACUUUUCUACCUUGUUUUGCGAGGUUUGGACACGAUUGAAGAUGACAUGACGAUACCCGACGAGAAGAAGCAGCCUUUACUGCGCACUUUCCACGAGAAGACUGUAACCCCAGGAUGGACUUUUGACGGCAAUGGCCCCGACGAAAAGGACCGGCAACUGCUUGUGGAAUACGAUGUUGUGACAGAAGAAAUGGGCUUGUUGGAUCCCAACUAUCGCGAAGUUAUCGUCGAUAUCUGCCACAAAAUGGAAGACGGCAUGGCGGAUUUUGCGCAUAAAGCAGCAACGACUGGCCGCAUCUACCUCGACACCAUCGAGGAUUACGAUCUCUACUGCCACUAUGUCGCUGGCCUCGUGGGCGAGGGUCUCUCGCGCUUGUUCUCUGCUUCCGGCAAGGAGGCCAAUUGGUUACAAUACCAGCUCGAGAUCUCGAACAGCAUGGGCCUCCUCCUGCAGAAGACCAACAUCAUCCGUGACUUCCGCGAGGACAUCGAGGAGAAGCGCUACUUCUGGCCAAAGGAAAUCUGGGGGCGCGAGGAUUACGGUGGCUUCACCGAGAUGGCGCAACUGGCACAGCCGGAGAACGAGCGUAAUGCCCUCUGGGCGGUCAGCGGCAUGGUCGUUGACGCGUUGCGGCAUGCUACGGACGCGCUGGAUUAUCUUCGUGUGUUGAAGAACCAGAGUGUCUUCAACUUCUGCGCAAUUCCGGCGACGAUGGCCAUGGCCACACUCGAACUUGUAUUCAUGAACCCGGAGAUGCUGCAACGAAAUGUCAAGAUACGGAAAGCAGCAGCAGCUAAGCUCAUCAUGGCGUCGACGAACCCGCGAGAUGUCGCUUACCUUUUCCGAGACUCUGCACGGAAAAUUCACGCGAAGGCUUCGCCGGCAGACCCCAACUUCCUCCGGAUAUCCGUCGCAUGCGGCAAGAUCGAGCAGUGGUGUGAACGGCAAUUCCCGUCCUUCGUCCGAAUGCAGCAAUCCGGCACCUCGGGCGACGUUUACCAGAUGCUCGAUCCCUUCGACGCGCGGACACGCAUCGUUGAGCUCGACAAGAAGCGGGAGCAGCAGCUCGCGAUCGAGAAGCGUGCGCUCGCCGCGGGUCUCGACCCGCAACAGAUUCGCCAACCACAGCAAACGUCGACGAUGGAGAUUGCCGGCCUGGUCGCUGCCAUGGUUGGCUUCAUUCUCAUCAUCAGCUUGGGCGUCAUCUGGGCUGUGCUCAAGUAUUUCCCGGACAACUGAGGAGGGGCUGGAUAUCACAUUGUAUAUAUACGUUGUACAAAAGGACGCAUCGGGGCAGUAUGAUAGUAAUUAUAGGGGUAAUACAUAUUAUCGGGAAGA